UAAAGCUUCCGUUUCAUUUUAGCACCGAGCCACUACUGUAUGAACAUUUCAGUCAUGCCUUCAGAAUAGUAGUACACUAAAAUAGAAUGCUGACUGCAUAGCAAAGGACCGUUACAACUGUGGAACAGAUUUAUGUUUAUAGACGGCUGUGGAGUGAAUGUCUUGAUGCAGGAUAACAGCAGUCAGAUCAGAUCAGAGUCUCUGGAUCUCUCACACGCGUUUGAAGAAUCUCACAAUGGCUGGUGUUUGGAGCAUUAUUCUUCUCAGCAUUUUCAUCGUCUCUGAUAGAAGUAACGCAAUGAGAGGCUAUUUUUGGCACAUCUCAGACCUCCACUGGGAUCCUUCUUACGAUUUAGGGAGUACCUCGGCAUCAAAAUGUGCUUCUAGUGGAGACCGUCCGACCCCAAACGCAGGCAUUUUUGGAGAUUAUUCCUGUGACUCUCCAUGGACUCUGAUAAACUCAACACUAAACGCCAUGAGAGACAUCAUGCCUAAUCCGGACUUCAUCAUCUGGACCGGAGAUGAUACGCCUCAUGUGCCCAAUGAACAGCUGGGAGUCGAACCUGUCCUGCGUAUAAUCGGCAAUCUCACCCACAUCAUAAAAACGACUUUUCCUAAAACCAAGGUGUAUUCUGCAAUGGGAAAUCAUGACUACCAUCCAAAGAGCCAAAUGCCUCCAGAAAAAAACAACAUUUAUGAGCAAACCGCAAACAUGUGGCACGACUGGCUACAUUCUACAUCAAAAGAAACCUUUAAAAUAGGUGGAUAUUACACAGAAAAGUUGCUAAAUCAAACUGGCCUCAGAGUUGUGGUCCUAAAUACGAAUCUCUAUUACGAUCAGAACAAACUCACAGAAAACAUCAAAGACCCUGCAGACCAGUUCAGCUGGGCCGAUAAAGUGCUUCAGGAUGCAGCUAAAAAUAAUGAGAAGGUUUACAUUAUUGGCCACGUCCCACCAGGGUUUUUUGAGAAGAAGCGAGAUAAAGCCUGGUUCAGAAAAGAGUUUAAUAAGCGCUAUAUAGAUCUCAUACAGAAGCACAGCGCUGUAAUACAGGGCCAGUUCUUCGGUCAUCAUCACACUGACAGCUUCCGCAUGUUCUACAGCUCAAAAGGAUCUCCCAUAAGUACGAUUUUCGUGACUCCAGGCGUGACACCCUGGAUAACAACAUUGCCUGGUGUCAUAAAUGGUGGAAAUAAUCCUGGAAUUCGCAUGUUUGAGUAUGACACCAAAACACUUUUGGUCAAGGAUAUGUUCACCUACUAUAUGAACCUGACAUACUCAAACAAGGUACAUGAGCGCUGGGAGAAGGAGUACCGGCUGACGGAGGCGUUUCGUGUGCCGGACGCCUCUCCCGCCUCCAUGCACAGCGUGAUGGAGCGGAUAGCCAGCGACAAGUGUUAUCUGCAGAAGUACUACGAGUUCAACUCUGUGAAUUAUGACCUGACAGAGUGCAACGCUGACUGCCGCAUCGAUCACGUGUGCGCGGUGAGGGAAGUGGACUUUGAGGCCUAUGAGAAGUGCGUGGUGAAGGAGGGAGGAUCAUCCACUGCUCCAGUGCUGUUUACUUUGCUGCUGUCACUGAUUCUGAGCCUGCUGUGCUUAAACUGAUCACAGAACAUCAGCAUUUUAUUUUUCUUACAAUAUUGAGAGCUGAUCCCUCCAGACCAGUGCAUGAGUGUGAAUGAAAUGUACUUACCAGUAUUUAAAGCACUUAAGCUUUUAAUGUUCUUGAUCUAGUAUGAUUUCUUUAUAUUUAUUGAACUCUCUUAAAGCAGUAGUUCACCUCAGGGUCCUGAACAUUCUGCAGAACGUCAUCUUUUGUGUUCCACAGAAAUUUGAAGUGACAUGAAGGUAAAUUAAAAAAUUACACUCGUCUUUUCUUCUUAAUUGUGACUUACUGUAUAUCUGAGUGAAAUGGCAUCUCUGCAAUAACACCGCAGUACUAUAUUAAAAUAAGAAUUGUCAACGAAA